AUGCCCACCUCGCCCUCAGAUGUCUCUCAAAACAAAAUCGCCAGAAGGACAUAUGGACGGCGCUCCCUCGCCCACAAACAGAAGAGAAAGUCGGAGCUCUUGACCGGCGGUGAAAGUAACGCCAGCGAUGAUGGUACCGACCACAGCCGUCGACGACCUGAAGGGAUGUCUGAUGCUGGCAGCAGCGUAUAUACACCAAAGCGGAAAAGGACAGCGUCACGCGAGCAAUCAGGUACUGGAGACGCACCAACUUCGUCUUCAAGACGUCACUCUCCAUCACCUUCGCGCGAGCGCAGACCCGAACCAGAAACAGACAUACCAGCUCAGGCUUCUGGUCUUGUCCGCCCUACUCUGGUCACCAAGCGAGCCCCCAAGGCACAAGAUGGCAGCGCAGACUCAAAACCAGGAUCGUCGAAUGAUCUACCCUCCCCCCAACUGCCUAUCAGUCGACCUCCCCCUCCUCUUAUGCGAGAACUACAAACCAAAAGACCAAUCACCCGUACUCUUUCAGGCAAUCGCAUAGAACAUCCAGACCUGUCCGCUAUCUUUGCUGGUGUUUCUCCAGGAAGACGAGCAUCUCACUCCCCAGCAAGGAGUUUGGAUGGACACAGUGAUAGCGAGGCAGAUUCCUCGGGCUCUCGUCUAGCCUUACCAAAGCCGAGUGGCCUCCGGCGUAUGCUCACCAGAACUCAGAGUCUGGGAGAGCCCUGUUCAGCUUCUGGUAUCGAUGAUGGGGACGCUGCCGGGUUCCAAGCCAGCUCUACCAAGCCGUCGGUCCCUGCUCCACUCACGCCGCCUGGGGCACUCAGGCGAUUGCACUCUAUGCCCGAAUCUCCUCACAUCCCUAGUCCAAAGGAAUCACAAAGCGAAGAAGUUCCGAUACCUCAAAUACAGGCAGUUCAGCCAGGUUCGGGCGGAAGGGCCAAGCGGACUUAUGGUAAAGUCCGGACCAUGCUUGUAGAGCAACCCAAAGAGGUGCUAAGAAGCCAAUCUACGUUUGCCAAUAUUGAUUCGGAAGAAGCCCAAGAGAGCUAUACGGAACUGAGACACAAGUAUGAAGUCGACAACACAGUCCUUCCCAAUAGUCGUUCAGCGAGUCUCCUUCAGGAAAUGAUGCAAGCGCGGGCGCCUGAGACAGUGUCCGACAUGAGGUCCCGAGGCGAAAAUAGGCGGUUCAUAGACGAAUUAGGUUAUCUAUUGGAAGGCAUUUCGGAUCCCACAGCAAGCUCCGCCUUCAGAAGAUCAAGUGCUGUUGAUAUCCUUCAAAAUAUGCAGGAUGUAUCCUGGCUGACCAAGAUGAAGAUUUGCGGUCAGGUGGACAAGGCGUGGGAUUGCUUCUAUGGGGCCAGCUUUGAAGAUGAAAUAAUGAGAGCAGCCUGCCUACUGUUCCUUGUGGUCCUCAUGUUAUCAGGAUCGGGGCUAGAACAGGUCUUGUCUGGCAAUUCCGAACAAUGUGUUGCCCUAGUCGCUCAGAACCUCAAUCUUCGUGAUGGCCCAUUGGACAUCACAUACAAAACAAAGGUGGCUGGGUCGGUGACCAGACUGCGACAAUUAGGAAACCAGCUGGACUUGGGAUGGAAGAGCACUCUCGCGACACGCCGCUUGGCAUCUGUACUCCUCAGAUCUAUCUGCUCCGGGCCUCUGUGGACCACUGCAAAAGAAGCCUUCGAGUCCCAAAAUCUGUCAGCACUUAUCUCAAGCAACUUGCAAAGGGAAAUCUUCCCGGUGAUAAAUCGUCUCGAUCUGUAUGAAAAAGGCAUGGAAUUAGUGACGGAAGGGGGCUCCGUCGAGUUUCAAUACUUGGCUGAGUGUCUCGGGAUCCUUCUUUCCCUUGUCGAGAAAUCAAAAGCCCAGCGCGAAAAUUAUCUCCAGACUUACCCGUCAAACACUCAAAAUAUCAUCUACGUAGCGAUCAUAAGUUGCAACGUGGCACUUACGUCCCCAGACCCAGAGCUUGAAGCUUCUACAUGUGUCGUCCGCGCCAUCCAGCUCCUAGCGCAUCUGGCUACCGCCGUCCCAGCCUGGGCCACAACCGUCAUCCAGUCCUCCGGUGGACCUUCUCUCCUUGCCCGAAUCAUUAUUCACCGAAAAGUCAUUCUUGGAACGGCAGACGAAAUGCGCCGGAGACGUUGUAGUAGCACUGCGACAGAGAUGGACGAGGAUGCCAGGCAAGGCGGAACAGUAUCGGUCCAGCCGGAAGACCCAGAGAUGUCGGAAGAGGAGUAUCUGUGCUUUGGCCUGGCGUUACUUACUACAUCGGCUAUCACGGACGGGAAUUGUGCUUCUGUGAUUGCUCGCACGAAUGUGCAAGGAGAUUGCUUGGGUAAUCACGGGUGUCUGCUUCGUUGUCGUUGUAUGUCCCCAAUGCCUCUUGGCAGACAACUUGCGUAUCUUUAUGAGAGAUAUCAACGUCACCAAGACGAUGCUUUCGCACCCAUUCUCGCCGGGAACUUGGCGUUACUCUUUUCAAAGAUAUUCAUUGCCUCUCCCGAGACCAGCGGCAGCAUAAUCGGGGCCCUUCCAGGCGCUUCGAGAGAAGAGAAACUGCAAGGACUCGCAAGGUCGCUUCGAGAACUAAACGAACUGCAGUUGGCCAUGCAGAAUACGAUAGGGAAGCUGUUUCCUCGGGGCUUUGUUUUGGAGGACGAUGUAGAUAAGGAGGCGAUCACCGAAGGGGAGGUGGCCACAAAAGCGAUUAGGGACAUAGAAGCGUUCAUGGACUGA